AUGGGGUUAAUUCCAAGUGCUGUCAGUAAGGGUUUUAUUAAUGAAAAAGAUGCAGCCAAAAUCAGUGAGACCAGUUACUUCACAGAGAAGCAAGUUCAUAUUCUAGCUUCUCUCUUUCGAAAAUUAACAGCAAAAUUUCAUGUUGAUUUAAAAACUUUUUGCAAUACACUUGAAAUUACAAACACAGACAUUGGGGAGAUAUUAUAUAAGAUCAUAGAUUCAGAUGGCUCCGGUAAUUUGAAUUUCCUCGAAUUUGUUCAAGGACUUAAUGUUUUCCAUCCAUCAGCCCCACUAGAGAAAAAGGUAGAAAUGUGUUUCAAAGCAUAUGACAGCGAUGGAAGUGGUCUAGUUUCAAAAGAUGAAAUCUUAAAAGUUCUUAAGAUUUCAUUAAGAAAUAACAAUUUGAUAGAAUUUGAAGAAGCCAAGAUCAAUUUAUUGGCUAACCAAUUAAUCAAAGAAUAUUCUAGAAAUAACUCAGGAGAGCUCCGCUAUGAUGAAUUCUAUAAAAUGGUAAUCAAUGCUCCAGGAGUUAUCGAAAGUUUUGAUCUCGAUCUGAAUUCCCUCUUUAGAUAA